AUGUGUGUUCUUUUACUUAAGCGUAAGAAAACUCAAGGUACUGAUUCGGAGACCAUACGACGCUUAAUUUUUGCUCUUAGUAAGGCAUUUGCAAUCAAAGAUUUGGGUCAUCUCAACUACUUUCUUGGUCUAGAGGUUACACAUGAUGAAACUGGUUUACUCUUAAGUCAGGCCAAAUAUGCCCAUGAUGUCCUCACACGGGCUAUAAUGCUUGAUGCUAAAGCUGUCGCCACACUCUUAUCUACUACUACUGCUUUCUCUCCAGCCGUAAAAGAUAUUCUUCGGUACGUAAAAGGCAAACUUUCGUAUGGUCUAUCUUUCCGUCAUUCAUCUAAACCAUCACUGAUUGGUUAUUUAGACGCCGAUUGGGCUCGUUGUCUUGAAACUCCACGUUCUACAUAUGGUUAUUCGAUUUUUCUUGGCGGUAAUCUUGUUUCGUGGAGUGCCAAGAAACAACCUACGGUAUCACGAUCGAGUUGUGAAUAUGAGUAUCAGGCAAUAGCUAACACUGCUGCGAAAAUAGUAUGGGCUACGUAUCUUCUUCGGGAGCUUCAUGUCUUGCGUCCUAAUCGUCCUACUAUUCUUUGUGAUAACCGGAGUGCUUUUUUUCUUAGCCAAAAUCUUGUCUCACAUAAACAAGCCAAGCAUAUUGACCUCGAUUAUCAUUUUGUUCAUGAGCUCAUCUCUUCCGGCAAGCUUUAUACUCCCUAUGUUCCAUCCAAGCUCCAACUGGCGAUAUAUUCGUUAAGAGUCUUCCUAGACCUCUGUUUGAGCAUUUUCGACGCAACUUGGGUGUUGGUCCUCCGUCGUCUCGCUUGA